AUGACGAAGCAAUUUGACAUCGUUGUUUUCCCGGGAGAUUAUGGAGGUCCUGAAGUUAUGGCAGAGGGUAUCAAGGUAUUAAAAGCGAUUGAAAGAAAACAUCAAUCGGAUGUAUCCUUCAACCUAAAAUAUCAUUUAAUUGGUGGAGCUUCAUUUGAUAUCCAUGACACUCCGAUCACGACAGAAGCUCUUGAAGACGCAAAAGCGGCCUCAGCCGUUCUUCUAGGUGCUGUAGGCGGCCCAAAAUGGGAUGGAACACCUGUACCAGUUGAAUCGGGUCUUGGUAGACUUCGAAAGUUCUUGGAUGCCUUUGGAAAUAUCCGCCCAGUCAACUUCAUCGCUCCUUCUCUAGUAAAUUGUUCUUCUUUCAAAGAGCAUGUAGUUAGUGGUACAGAUAUCACCAUCGUCCGCGAGCUCACCGGUGGUAUCUAUUUCGGUGCUCGCCAAGAGCAUGAUGGCUCAUUUAAUUCAGCAUCCGAUCUGGAUCACUACGAUCGCGACUCAAUUGUACGAGCUGCCCGCCUAGCAGGAAAGUUGGCAAUGUCGAGGCAACCACACUUGCCAGUGACAAGUUUAGACAAAGCUAACUUGCUCGCGGCUUGUGGUAGGCUGUGGCGAGGUGUGGUAAAGGAAGUCUUUGAGACGGAAUUCCCGACAAUCAAAUUGAGCCAUAUGCUGAUUGAUACUGCUGCAAUGAAUGUUGCGCGUCGUCCAACGAGCUUGAAUGGUAUAAUAUUGACCAGCAACAUGUUUGGCGACAUUAUUAGCGACGAAGCGAGUGCUAUCCCAGGAAGUCUGGGUCUUCUUCCAAGUGCAAGUCUAUGCGCGAUUCCGACUGUUCUUGAUGCAAGUAAGGUUCGCGGCAUAUAUGAGCCCAUUCAUGGGUCGGCACCUGACAUAGCAGGUCAGGGAAUUAUCAAUCCCACAGGCAUGAUACUUUCCGUGGCUAUGAUGUUACGGUACUCCUUAGCAAUGCCAGAAGCGGCUGAUUCCAUCGAAGCAGCUGUUGGAAAAGUCAUCGAAGAUGAUUGUCGAACAUCUGAUAUAGGUGGGCGUGCGUCCACGGCAGACUUUGGUGAUGCUGUGGUUAUUGCUUUGAGGAAUUGUCUUGAUAAAAAUUGA